AUGAAGUCAACGACCUCCUCCAGAAUCCCAAAUGGGCAUGGCAGCCUCUACAAGGAGGUGCGCUUUUCGCCCACCAGCACCCCGAUCAAACGGUCGCAAUCGGUGCCAAACGAUCAUCCCACUCUGAUUCCCGACCACACGCGCUCCCUUGAGAUGGCAAAGGAGACGCUUCCCGCUCUGGCGAUCGGCUAUCUCGAAGCUUCGCGGUCACUGGUUGACCGCCAGCGGAUAAAUUUCGAUCGCGAGCGGAUUCUUUUCGCGGAGGAACGACAGUUAUGGGAAAAGGAGCGAGAGCUGCUGAAGACGAGAAUCACUGAGCUUGAGGCUCUGUUGAAAAGCAGGGGCGUUGCAACUGCGACCGGCGCAGGACCGCCGACCAGCUUUCCUUCUACGAGCUCCCCUUCACAGGUAUGGGAGGGGUCAAGUCCCAUGAGCAGACCUACAAGGGUCUUUCCCGACCAGGAGAAAUCAGAUAGCAGCCUCAACCACCUGCAUCUACAUCCAUCAGAGCAAGGGGGAAGCCCGUCGCUACCCCCGCCAUCCCUAGACGCAGCCCUCUCGCCGAAAUCCCAUGCAACUGAACUACAGGCCAGCAUCCCCGUGCCGAUCGAGAAGCUCGACAGCAGCCUCGACGGCAUCACCCUUAAAUCAUCAGCUCUCCACCCCGACGUCGUGGCCCGCGUCAUGACACCACCAUCACCCUCGUCCCGCGAACCAUCACCUACCUCUUCCUCACACGGCCGGGAGCGAGAACGACCAUCCAUGGACCGCCGCAACAGCGUAAAGCUUAAGCUCUCAGACCUAGGGCCGCCCGAGACAAACCUUGUCAGGGAUGCUGGACACACCCCGAUGGUAGUCAUCGAUCGCGAUAUCGACACAGCACAGGGAUCACCGGGCGGGGUCCUUUUCGACGAAGACCCCCUUUCUCCACCCGUUACCCGGCUGAUCCAGCCUACAGAGCGCGGCGAUUCAUAUUUCGCCGGAGUUGAUGUCGUAGAUCUCCCAGAUGAUCCAGCCCUCAAGGGGCCGUUAUCCCUGCUUAACGAGAAGGGGCAUGAUGAUGACUUCCUCCAAGAGGUUGACAUGAAGCUUCUUGGCCAGGCGAAGCAGAUCCUCGGCCACAAGGAGAAGGAGGAUGAGGAUGAGGACGAGCCCGAGAAUCCCGCUGGUCAGGGUACGGGCGAGGAAGUCCCCGAGAUCAAGUUCAAGAACACUACGAAUUUUGGCACUGCAUUUGGACGGUCCAUUUAA